CGGCAAGAUCUACUGCGAUUCGAUUUUGAAACGUUAUUUUGAAAAGCCUAUUCCUGAAAUUCGACAAACCUUUAUCAGUCGCUGUGAGUUAACCAGAUGGAAAACUUCCUUUCUGAUAUCAUGAUAUCUCUGCUCAACAUAGUCAUCAACGUUAAUUGCCGUAUACUCACCAGGAUAAACGAAGAAAGCAGGAUCCUGGAUUUAAUCAACGCUACCGCAGACCAAGUCCUUAUCCGUAUACUGCAAUGCGUGAAGACGAUGGUAGAGCCACUUCCCUUUCACAAUCAGAAGAAGGAGAUCAAAGAGCUUGAAUUGUGUACAUGGUAUCUACAACCCUGUUUCCAAAAACGCUUUGACUCAGAUGACCUGUCCAUCAUGUUUAAUUGGCACAAUGUCAGCUGCUUUACAGAUACCGACAUCUAUACUACUCAAAACUGUCCAGAUGGCUGCGUUGAAAACCACCUCACAGCAACAGGUUAUCGGGACGUUAAACCAAUCAAGCAUUCCAAGAACCAUCGUAAAGUAAACAUCGAUUUGCAUCGUUUGGGCACUUUCGCGAAGACUAGUUCAAGCAAGUUCAGAUCAAGGUACAUGUUUUAGGUUAUGACUGUUGGAACAAAUGUACAGUUUUACAUUAGUAAAGCUAUCGUUGAUGUCUUGGUUAUUUGCGAACUUGAUAGUAUACGCCUCCCGUUGUUACUGGCUGAACUUCCGCA